GGCAUCUCAUGUGAUGGUUUACUACCCAACAUGCACUUCGUGGUCGCCAUUUUUCUUGUUGUGAUGUGCUGGGAGCUCUGCCUUCAGAGUACUGAAAUAUUCUGCGUUUUAUUUUACAAUAUCAUCCUUGAUUUGUUAUUUUAAUCGUAACGUUUCUUGAAAGUUAGCGUCAAAAACAAGGAAAACAACAUGGCUCAGUACAAAGGAGCUGCUAGUGAGGCCGGGAGAGCCAUGCAGCUGAUGAAAAAACGAGAAAAAGAAAGAGAACAGCUGGAACAGCUGAAACAGAAGAUUGCAGAGGACAACAUGGUCAAGUCCAACAUUGAUAAGAAGUUCUCAGCUCAUUAUGAUGCUGUAGAGGCAGAGCUGAAGUCCAGCACAGUUGGCCUGGUGACACUGAAUGACAUGAAGGCCAAGCAGGAGGCACUGGUGAAGGAGAGAGAGAAGCAGCUGGCUAAGAAAGAGCAGUCCAAAGAACUCCAGCUCAAACUUGAGAAGCAGAAAGAAAAAAAGAGGAAGGAGGAACAGAAGAGGAAAAUAGCUAGUUUAUCAUUUAAUCCUGAAGAUGAGGAAGAGGAGGAAGAGGAAAAUGAAGAAGAAGAAGAGCAGGAUGAUGCUCCAGUUAAGAAGAAGAAACUGGGGAAAAAUCCAGAUGUGGACACAAGUUUCCUUCCUGAUCGAGACAGAGAGGAGGAGGAAAAUCGUCUCCGAGAGGAACUCAGGCAGGAGUGGGAGCUCAAACAGGAGAAGAUUAAGAGUGAGGAGAUUGAGAUUACAUUUAGCUACUGGGAUGGCUCUGGGCAUCGUAAGACAGUCAAGAUGAAGAAGGGUAAUACCAUCCAGAACUUCCUGCAGAGGGCCCUGGAAGUCCUCAGGAAGGACUUCAGUGAGCUCAGGUCUGCUGGAGUAGAGCAGCUCAUGUACAUCAAAGAGGAUCUCAUAAUCCCACAUCAUCACAGUUUUUAUGACUUCAUUGUGACCAAAGCCAGAGGCAAAUCUGGUCCUCUGUUCAGCUUUGAUGUACAUGAUGAUAUUCGGCUGGUGAAUGAUGCCACUGUAGAGAAAGAUGAGUCUCAUGCAGGUAAAGUGGUGCUGAGGAGCUGGUAUGAGAAGAACAAGCACAUCUUCCCUGCCAGUCGCUGGGAGCCGUAUGAUCCUGAGAAGAAAUGGGACAAAUACACAAUCCGGUGAAACUGUCAUCUUCGGUCUCUGGAAUUGUUGAUGCAGACUUUUUGUUUUUAAUUUCCAUCUUAUUUUACUGUAUAAUAACAUUUGCUUCAUCAUGAUCUUGUGAAGGACUGAUUCAUGAUUUUACUUGGUAUUUGAGAUACUAGUUUUCCCAAAUGUAUUUGAAUGUUUCCUUUGAAAACAACCCCACAUUCCUAUGUAUAUAUCCCCUAAAACACACUGUAGAAUCUGUGCUUAAUAAAAAGAACCUGGCUGUAA